CCGUGGCUGCCCGGUCGUCCGUCGUCGUCUCCUCUCUCCCGCAUCACACCACCAUCCCACCCCAAAAAAUCACCAAACCCCCGCGAACACCGCGCCCUUCUCGAUCGAACGCCUAGGGUUUCGUCAGAAUACCCAAUCCCAGGCCAUGGCCGCGUCCACCUUCAGCGGCGACGAGACGGCGCCCUUCUUCGGGUUCCUAGGCGCCGCGGCGGCGCUGGUGUUCUCGUGUAUGGGCGCCGCGUACGGCACGGCCAAGAGCGGCGUCGGGGUGGCGUCGAUGGGCGUGAUGCGGCCGGAGCUGGUCAUGAAGUCGAUCGUGCCCGUGGUCAUGGCGGGAGUGCUCGGCAUCUACGGCCUCAUCAUCGCCGUCAUCAUCAGCACCGGGAUCAACCCCAAGGCCAAGCCCUACUUCCUCUUCGACGGCUACGCCCACUUAUCGUCCGGCCUCGCCUGCGGCCUCGCUGGACUCGCCGCCGGAAUGGCCAUCGGCAUCGUCGGCGACGCUGGCGUCAGGGCAAAUGCUCAGCAGCCAAAAUUGUUCGUUGGUAUGAUUCUCAUCCUCAUCUUUGCUGAAGCGCUUGCACUCUACGGCCUCAUUGUCGGCAUCAUCUUGUCAUCUCGUGCUGGUCAAUCCCGAGCAGACUAGAUAUUAGGCUAGAAUGCAUGUACCACUUUCAUGGAUCUGAUGACAUAUUAAAGUUCUUGUGAUGUAUCUUUCAUGGUUUCUUGCUGUUGUUCAGACCUUAUGCUCUGCUUUGCCACAUGCUUGCCUAUCCUUGAUAGUGGUACAAAAUCUAUUUGUAACCUGUUUUUGCGCUCCUGGCUACGUUAGUUGCUUGGGAACACGGUUCCGAGGGUUUGGUGAAUAAACAAGGAAUACUGUUUGGUGAAUAAACAAGGAAUACUGGGUAUCUGUUACUAUUCGGAUA